AUGAUUCGCCAAGACGCUCAUCGCAUCGAUCCAAAGCGUCGUGCUACAAUUGACCAUAAGAAACGACAGUUCGCAACUCCCACCUAUAAGCAGCAGGAGUAUCCACAUCGUCUGAAUUUGUAUGAGACGCCGCCUACUGCAGAAAUCACACUGGAACAAUUCGAGCAGUGGGCCAUUGACCGUCUCCGAGUCCUGGCUGAGAUCGAGGCUUGCUCAUAUCGCAAUAAGAACGCCAAAGAGACAGAGGAUCAUAUUAUCCCCCUCCUGCAGAAAUACUUGCCUCUUUCCUCCAACACAUCAGGAGGCUCUAACGGUGCCGCGGAUCCACGACUGAAACAUGAACGUCAAAAAGAUCACUACUCCCAUUUUAUUCUUCGCUUGGCCUUCUCCGCCACGGAAGACUUGCGGCGGCGAUUUGCCCGUGCAGAAACGAUGCUCUUCCGAUUCCGCUUCCAAAAAGAUGAUUCAAGGGAAAGACGCGCUUUCAUUGAAAGCCUGAGUUUAGACUGGGAGCGUGUAAGUGAUGAAGAGCGUGAUGAGGUGGCCGAGCAUUUGAUCAGCUCAACCCCGGGGUUGCGUCGCGUGGAUGACGAGACCUGGUAUAAGGUUGACUGGGAAAAGGUGCCCGAGCUAGUCGAACGUCGUUCGGUGUAUCUCAGACGUGGCCAGGCAUAUGUCCCUGGGAAAGAGCAGUUAAGUAUGAUCAUGGCUGAGUUUACGGCUCGCCUGGAACGCUCGCUCGAGCUCACGAGCCGAGCUCUUCCUCGUUUGGACGAGGAUGACCGUUUGACCCCUAUCUUGAACCACCUCUCAAAGAACUUUGGCAGCGCGGAGUCGGUCUACUCGGAAAGCGAAGGUCACGUCGACGGGACAACGAUCUCCGCCGCGUCCAUCGACCAACUUUCGCAAUACUUCCCCCUCUGCAUGCGCAAUCUACACAUGAACCUGCGAAAGAACAACCACUUGAAGCAUUUCGGACGCCUACAGUAUACCCUGUUUCUGAAAGGUAUUGGUCUUUCUCUAGAGGAAUGUAUCCUCUUCUGGCGGCAGUCAUUCAAGGGAAAGACUGACGAUGAGUUCAACUCUCAAUACAAGUACAACAUCCGUCACGCUUAUGGAGAGGUCGGUGGUGAUGUCAACCGCCGUGGUCGAGGCUACCCUCCAUACUCCUGCCAAAAAAUCCUCAGCGACAAUAAUGUAGGUGUUGGACAAAGCCACGGAUGCCCAUACCGCCACUAUUCCGUCGAUAACCUGGUUGGGCUUCUCCAAGCCACCGGGGUGCACGACAAGGAAACCCUGCGCGGAGUCCGCGACGAUGUGGGCAAACAACGGUAUCACAUUGCUUGCAAUCGGGUCUUCGAGUGGUCCCACAAAGCUGAGAUCAAAAAGGUCAAGGAGGACGGAACCUGGACCGCAGCUGAUUUGGACACCAUUGUGCAUCCCAAUACCUAUUUCAAGCGCGGCUACUUGCUUAAACAGCUCGCCAAAGCUCCGCCUCGUGGUGAAUAA